AUGGAGAACGGUUCAUUGUAUAUAAGAGCUGCUCUUCCUAAUUCUUCUACCACUCAGAGAGAGGAAGAGAAGAGGAGAAUCAUCCAGCAGGUUAAACUCAAACUUCUCUGUUUGACUCUUUUCUCUCUCAACAUUUGGACUUCUUUGAAUGAACUGGACCAACAAGAGCUCAUGUGUUUCCAGGUUUCUCCUCCAGAGUUGUAAUUAUAAAUCUGUUUCUUUGUUGAAGACAGCUCUCUCUCAUCAUCAUCAUCAUCAUCAUCAUCAUGUCCCUCAUCAAGUUUCUGGCUGUUGCUCUUCUUUUUGGCGCCAUGAUGGCAAAAGCUGAUCGUGAGUAUUAUUGCUCAUCUUUCACUCAAUUUCCAUGUCUGGACCGCCCUGUAACUUGAUCAGUGUUGGUUUGAUUUUCAUGAACUUCGUCUGUUUUCUCCUCAUCUGGAGUUUUGCAAAGCUUUCUCUGGAUCAUCCAGUAUGACGGUUCUGGCUGAGAGGGUCAAAAUGACUGAGCGCGUCAAUCUGAGGCUAACAACUAUGUUUCUAACUGUCCAGCUCUCCCGGAGCCAGAGCCAGAGCCAGAGCCGGAGCCGGAGCCAGAGCCAGAGCCAGAGCCAGAGCCAGAGCCAGAGCCGGCGCUGGAGUCAGAGACCGAGGCCGAGACCAAGGCUGAAGAUGAAGAGUUUGAAGCUGACGCUGAAGAGGGUGAGCUGAUUUUGAUGGUCACGGAUUUGUCUUCAGAGUCUUUCAAAACUAUUCACAUACAAACCAACCAUGUCCUCUGAUCAGAGGGAAAUAAACCAGUUGGUGUCCGGGCCUCCACUUCUCAUGAGUUCAGACUAAAGUCCAGUCUAUGGUAUGGUUACUCCAAAGGUAGAUUCCUAAAACUGAUGUCCUCUGUUGUUUCAUUUACCUCCUCAGAAGCAGCUCUCCUAUAUGAGAGAACUCCAACUUGUCCCAGUGGAUGGUAUCUUCUGUCUGGCCGCUGUUUCUUCUAUGAUUCCAAGGUCAGGACCUGGACUCAGGCUGAGGUAACCUGGAGGAUUUGGACUUCUUCAACUCUACCUUGAUUUGGUUUGAGAUUCAUUUUACUCAACUUUCUUCUGUUGAAACUCUUGACUGUCUGUGGACUUUCCUCUGCAGAAAAACUGUCAGAGCUUGGGAGGAAACCUUGCAUCCGUGCACAGCGCUGCAGAGUAUCACAAUAUCCAAUGGCUGGUGACCACGAUGACUCACAAACACGGAGUAGCAUGGCUGGGAGCCUCUGAUGCUGCAGAGGUAUUUGAUCACUACAUCAGGUCUCAGAGUUACACUGUGGAGCUUUAACUGAUCAGAUCUUUGUUUGAUCGUCUAGGAGGGUUCUUGGCUGUGGAGUGAUGGUUCAGCCUUUGACUAUAGGUACUACGGAGGAUUUGACAACUAUAACAGCAAGGAGCACUGUUUGCAAAUGAACGUCGGAGGUAAUCUGACAUCCAGAGUAUUACUAAUAAUUUACAAACAAAGUGGAGAAGAAACUCUUCAUCUGAUCUGAACAAACUAAAGCUUUGAUAGAUUCACAUUUUAACAUACGCUUGUUUUAUUUGAGAGUAUUUCUCUGUAACACCACCAAGAUAAAAGUUUGAGUCUGUGGUUCAAAAUAAAAUUUUUCCUCAACUGUGAUGGUUUUCUGUGGAAACUACCGAUCUGAGGUCAGCUGGAAAAACAUCAAGAAAAAAGUUCCCAAAGUAUUUUUUUGUGUUUGGCAGUCCUGGACUAACGCCCGUGUCUUUGCCUCUUCCAGAAAACAAGUACUGGAAUGACGUGCCGUGCAGUGAUUAUUAUCCAAGCGUCUGCUCCAAAAAGCCAAAAACAGAGUAAAAAGAGAGUUUCCAGGCUGCAGGACCCGAUGAAACCACCAUCACAUCAUCGCUCAUAUAUCUUCUUCUUUAUCCACUCUUUUCUUUCUCUGUCGCUGUAACGCAACUUAAGGGAUGAAGCGACAAGUGACACAACAGGAGCUGGGAUGUCUCUGAGACUCAGUGGAAAUGUUCUGGAAAGAUUGCUUUUAGUACAACCUUGUUAUGUGAAGUCAACUUUUGUCUUCUUCUUCAAUAAUAAAUUCUGCAAGCAUCAAAAGAA